AUGGUUCAAGAUAUUCAAGAUUCAGACCAACACUCAGACCAACACUUUGUGUUGCUCGGCAAGGUCGGAGCUGGAAAGAGUGCUUCAGGAAACACUAUUCUUGGGCACAAAGGUUUCAUAUCGAGAAAAUUGCCUAAAGGUGUGACACGAGCAUGUGCAACAGUAACCGUUAACUACAGAGGACUAAAUGUUGUGGUGCAUGACACCCCUGGAUUCUGUGACCCAGAUCUUUCUGAUGAAGAAAUUGAGCAGAAAAUACGCCAGGAGAUCCUCCAGCAGCCUUCACAUACACACCAGGUGUUCCUUCUGGUGUUGAAAAUCGACAGGUUUACUCCAGAGGAGCAGAAUACUGUCAUAAGAAUUGAAGGUCUACUCGGUGAGGAGCGUCUGAAACGAACAUGGAUCCUGUUUACUAGAGGGGAUGAACUGGAAGACCAAACAAUAGACGAUUACAUUUCUGAGUCUGAAGACCUCAAAAAAGUUAUGGUAAAAUACGAGAGAAGAUACCAUGUGUUCAACAACAAGAGUGGCCAUGAAAACCAGGUUAAAUCACUUCUGAAAAAAGUUAGGCCUUCCUAUUCUGAGAGGAGGCUGAUUCUGCUUGGCAAGUCUGGUGCGGGAAAGAGUGCAACAGGAAACACCAUCCUCGGUGGAGAGUAUUUCAAAUCUGAGAUGAGUAUGUCUUCUGUAACACUGACAACUCAAGUUGAGCAGGCUGCAGUAAAUGGAAAAAAGGUAUUUGUGGCUGACAGCCCAGGGCUGUUUGACACAAGUCUCUCUGUGGAAGAACUGACAUUAGAGAUUUGCAGGAGCAUCUACAGUUAGUGUGCCCCAGGGCCUCAUGCCUUUCUCAUAGUCAUGCCAGUCAAUAACCGAUUCACAGAGCAGGAGAAAAGCAUGAUUGAAAUCUAUCAAGCACUGUUUGGACCACGUCUGGCAGACCAUGCCAUCAUCCUCUUCACCCACGGAGACCUGCUGGAGGGUAAGACUGUAGAACAACUAGUCAAAGAGAGCAAAGAUUUUACUAAACUAAUUGACCAGUGUGGGGGAAGGUAUCAACUGUUCAACAAUAAAGAUGCAAGCAACAGAGUCCAAGUCAAACAGCUGAUGGACAAGAUAGAGAACAUGAUAGAGAGCAGUGGAGGGUCCUGUUAUACCAGUGAGAUGUUUCAGGCUGCAGUCAGGGCUGCUGAGGAGGCACAGAGGGAGGAAGAGGAGAGAGAACGUCAAGAGGCUGAGGAGAGAGAACGCAGAGAACAGGAACGAAAAGAAAGUGAGCAUAGAAGAAUAGUAAAAGAAACUGAAGAAAGAUGCAGAUCAAAAUAUGAAAGGGAUGCUGAGGCGAGACCACGUCGAGAAACACAUGAAAAUAAGAGCAAAAUAGAGAAAGGAAAUACAGAAGUAACAAAUGAAAUAGCAGGAACAGUAAUAACAAAAGUUGCCAAAAGAAAAUAA